UGUUGGUUACUACAUGAUUCCAUAUAUAUUAUUCUACAAUGUAGAAAAUAUUCAAAAUAAAUAAAAACCCUUGGUCUGUCCAGAUUACCGACUGGUUCAGGUUUGUCCAGAUUACCGGUAGGUCCAGCUCUGUUCAGAUUACCGGUUGGUCCAGCUCUGUCCAGAUUACCGGCUGGUCCAGGUUUGUCCAGAUUACCGGUAGGUCCAGCUCUGUCCAGAUUACCGGUUGGUCUAGCUCUGUCCAGAUUACCGGUUGGUCCAGCUCUGUCCAGAUUACCGGUUGGUCCAGGUUUGUCCAGAUUACCGGUUGGUCCAGGUUUGUCCAGAUUACCGGUUGGUCCAGGUUUGUCCAGAUUACCGGUUGGUCCAGGUUUGUCCAGAUUACCGGUUGGUCCAGGUUUGUCUCAACUAAGAAAGCUCAGUCAGAGACCGGGAAACACUUCUGCUUCAGACUCAGACAUUGUUUGGGUUGGACUCCAGUCUCUCAUCACAAAGAAACAUUGGAGAGACAUUUAUAGUCGGACUUUUCCUUGCUGAUGCUGAAGUUCAACCAGUUGUUAACAAUGAGCUCAGUAGAUCAGUCGUGUUUAUCAUUGUCUUACAGCUGUGUAGUGCGUCCAGAUCACGGUACGAUGUAACUCAUUUUGUCUUUCUGUUUUCCAGGUCCUCGCCAAUCUGGUUUUGGAGGAGCUACAACCCUCUCUACAGACAGAACUGCUGGCCAGACUAAAGGGAAAGAAAGCAGGGAGGAAGAGAGUCUGGUUCACCACGUUGGAAGCCGCGUACCACCUGGUCCAGGAUCAGCUGAGGGAGGGUCUGAAGGGACUGAAGGAGGAGUGUAAAGAGACAGCCAGGUCUCAUGAAGCUCUGCUUCGCUCUGAUAUGGACCAGAUAGCCAGUUCUAGAACCUUCCUGCAGGCCAAGCUACAAGCCUCCGUCAGUGAUCCAGCAGCAAAGUUCUGCAGUGAGAACGUGUCUCCGUACCUGGCGUCCAUCUUGGAAGAGCUGAUGUCUCCGGUGACGGGGGGCUUCCAGGGGGUCCGGCUUCUCCUGGAGGGGGAGAUAAACACUCUCUGCCUGGGCUUCCCCGAGGGAGCGGGGCAGGAGGGGUUAAACCAGGCGCUGGGUCAGAUGUGUCAGGCAAGUCUGGAAGAGUGUUACCAGAAAGUGGAGGUCCUGACAGAACAGCUUCAGGAACUCAGGCAUCGCUUCAAGUUCUCCAACUCAGUUCGUCUGAUCCACUGCACGCAGAUAGACAUGCAACAGCUGAUAGAGAAUGCCGUGUACACCUUUAAAUUGCUCCUCCAGAGCUCACUGAAAGACAACUCUUCCAAACUCACCUCAGCCAUGGAGAAAGCAAAGCUCAGAGUCCUCAAGCAAUAUGACCAUGACAGUAGCACGGUGAGGAAGAGGAUCUUUCAGGAGGCUCUGGUUGACAUCACCCUUCCUGCUAUCAGGAGGAACCUGGCUCCGGCACACAAACCGGACCUGCAGAAGUUGGACCAGUACAUCUUUGCUGAUUACACCAACUUCAUCAAAGUGGAAAACGUUUAUGAAGAUAUUCUACUGAACAUUCUGACCAUCGAGGUGGACAAAGUGGUGAAAGAAGCUGCCAGUCUGAGGAAGAACAACUUGAUGGUGGACAGUACUGACCUGCAGAGUGUCAGCCAGAGCAGCCUGACAGAGAGUCGAACCCCUCCCCUCUCCGCCCCCGCCAGCCCUGCCGAGAUGGCUGUCUCUGGGCUGAGCAGACAGGCCGAGCGGGCACCUUCUCCCCUGGUGCAGAACUUGUCUUCUAGCGCUGGGAGGCUGGAGGUGGAAGGUGGCCCAGUGGUCCCAGAUAUGGCUGCCCUCACUCCUCCUGUCAUUGUCAUAACUCCACAAAGUGAGGCUCCAGACCCAGAUCCAGCCCCACUCUCACUCCCAGCCCCAGCACAUAUACUUACCUAUACUGCUGAUGUCUCUGUAGCAGAGCCUGAUACCCCUUCACCUCUACCUGAUACCCCUUCACCUCUACCUGAAAUGUCCUCUGCUGAAAGUGAUUACCCCUCUGGUGCUGCCUCAACCAAACCUGAUGCUUCCUUAGUCAAUCAUGACGCCUCUUUGGCCACAAUCACACCUUAUGCCGCCUCCCCCCAGCCUCCUCUUCCUGUGGCUGAACCAGCUCCCCAGAUACCGGAAGUUACAGACACAGCCAAAGCAUCCCAACCACCAGGAACUGAAGACAAACCAGACACAGACAAAGCCAGAAACAGCCCAGUGAGUGACAGUGUGUUGGUGUGUGUCGAGGCUCUGUCAGCAGUGAGUAUGAUUCUUCCUGAGGCCACGGUGCUCUCCACUGGUCAGAGACAGAGACAAGCCACAGACAGAGCAGUCUACCUGAAAACUCCUGCAGGGGUGAAGGAGGGGCAUCUGUACCUUUCACCGUGGACAAGAAGGAAGAGGAGGAAGAACAUCUUUGUAAGGAGGCAGAAGCACAUCACAUUGACUCAGAUUGACCCUAACCCCACAGGAUCAGAGAUGCAGCCUGGAGGCAGUGAGGACAGAGCUGCAGUUACCUCCGUCACUAGCGUUACUGUCACUGAGAGCGAGGGUGCCCUGCUUGCAUGCAAUACCCUGGUCACAUCACAAGGGGGUGCUACUACUCCACUGACUGGGCCUGGGGAGGGUGUAGUGGAGGCAGGGGAUAGAGGAGAGGCUCUGGGGGGUGUAGUGGAGGCAGGGGACAGAGGAGAGGCUCUGGGGGGUGUAGUGGAGGCAGGGGAUAGAGGAGAGGCUCUGGGGGGUGUAGUGGAGGCAGGGGACAGAGGAGAGGCUCUGGGGGGUGUAGUGGAGGCAGAGUACAGAGGAGAGGCUCUGGUGGGUGUAGUGGAGGCUCUGGGGCUACAGUCUAACACAGUGGGGAUGGAGGGAGAGGAGGAAGCGGUUCCAUUGGGUAGUGUGCAGUCCAUCCGUGACUUGGUGAUGGAGGUAGUGGAGGUGGAAGAGCUGAUACAGAGAAUAGGAAGUGGCUAUAAAAAGUGUAUCCUGCUGCCUACUGCCGCCGCCUACUGCCGCCGCCACCUACUGCUGCUGCCUACUGCUGCUGCCACCUACUGCUGCUGCCGCCUACUGCCGCCGCCUACUGCUGCCGCCGCCUACUGCUGCUGCUGCCUUACUGCUGCUGCCGCCUACUGCUGCUGCUGCCGCCUGCUGCUGCUGCCGCCUACUGCCGCCGCCUACUGCCGCCGCCUACUGCUGCUGCCGCCUACUGCUGCCGCCGCCUACUGCUGCCGCCUACUGCUGCUGCCUGCUGCUGCCGCCUGCUGCUGCCGCCGCCUACUGCCGCUGCCUACUGCCUACUGCCGCCUACUGCUGCCGCCGCCUACUGCUGCCGCCUACUGCCUACUGCUGCCGCCCGCCUACUGCUGCCGCCUACUGCCGCUGCCUACUGCUGCCGCCGCCUACUGCCGCCGCCUACUGUUGCUGCCUACUGCUGCCGCCGCCUACUGCUGCCGCCUACUGCCUACUGCUGCCGCCUACUGCUGCUGCCGCCUACUGCCUACUGCUGCCGCCUACUGCUGCCGCCUACUGCUGCUGCCUACUGCCGCCAGCUAUUGCCGCGCCUGCUGCACCUACUGCUGCUGCCUACUACUACUGCUGCUGCCGCCUACUACUGCUGACACUGCUACUACAACUGCUGCCGCCUACUACUACUGCUGCUGCCGCCUACUACUACAGACACCGCCUACUACAACUGCCGCCGCCUACUACUACUGCCGCCGCCUACUACUACUGACACCGCCUACUACAACUGCCGCCGCCUACAGCUAUUGCCGCCGCCUACAGCUACUGCCUACUGCUGCUGCUGCCUACUGCUGCAUGUUCUGA